AUGAUAUCCGCCACAAGCCAACUGCUGAUGGCAACUUCAUCGUGGCUCAAGUCGUUUGUCUUCAACGAUGAGAAAUCGAGUUACAGGCCAGAUGGAGACAAACAUACAGACACAUUGGCAGCACCCGCAGUGCCGCCAUGGACAAUAGUGCGCAGACAUGAAGCAUACGACGUCGCCCGUCAGGGUAGCACAAUCCGAAUAUGUCUCAAUCGCCCUCAUCACGGCAACUCGCUGACCUUGACCACCAUGAGGGAUAUGAUCAAGCUGUUUCAAGAGCUAUCCGAUGACAAAGCGGUGCACCGGAUCAUCAUCACAGGCAACGGCCGUUUCUUCUGCACGGGGAUGGAUCUAAAAGAGGAUCUCUUCACGUCCGUUACAGAUCGAUACACCAUACUCCAUGACUUCUUCGCCACCAUAGACGCCUGCCCCAAGCCGACCAUUGCCGUGGUCAACGGGCCGGCUUUCGGUGGGGGUGUCGGUCUGGCCAUGGUCUGCGACGUCCGGAUAUCGCUCAGCACCGCAUACUUUUGCCUGAGCGAAGUAAAGCUGGGCCUGUGUCCGGCCACCAUCUCCAAGUACUUGGUGCGCGAAUGGGGGGUGAGCCUCGCGAGGAUGGCCAUGAUGACCGGUCGACGCAUCAAAUCUCAAACACUGCACGAUGCAGGCAUAAUUCAUGCUGUUGCCUCGGAUAUGGGUUCCAUGGAAAGGACUUUGGAGGACUUUUUACAAGACAUGCGUUACGCGGCACCGCGCGCAGCUGCACUGACCAAGACCCUGGCUCGGGAAGCUGGUAGUGGCGAUGAGACCAAUCUGGACAAGGUGGCCGGUGAGGUUUUUGAUGCCAUGUUGGCACCUGGGUCUGAGUCGUGCUAUGGCGUGACACAGUUCAAGCGUGGUAUCAAGAACAUUGUUUGGGAAGACUGGCGUUCCGAUGGCAAGGUACGCGGAUAA